CGCUGACGCCUCUGAGCGCACGAGCCCGCUGAUUGGGCGGUCGCAGGCACGAGCGUGCCCCGUGACGUCAUCACCCAGCCGACCAUGGCGGAAUGCGGCGCAGUUGACGGCGGCAGCGGCAGUCACACGAUGGACAAAAGUAUCACCCUUCCUCCGGACCAGAUCUUCCGGAACCUGGAGAACGCGAAGCGCUUCGCCAUCGACAUCGGCGGCUCCCUGACUAAACUGGCCUACUACUCCACCGUUCAGCACAAAGUGGCUAAAGUGCGCUCCUUCGACCACACCGCUAAGGAGGCCCCCAGUGACAAGCUGUACGAGAUCUCCGUGCAGGAGGAGGUCACGGCGCGCCUCCACUUCAUCAAGUUUGAGAACGCUUACAUUGAAACGUGCCUGGACUUCAUCAAAGACCAUCUGGUCAACACGGAAACCAAAGUGAUCAAAGCCACGGGCGGGGGGGCGCACAAGUUCAAGGAGCUGAUAGAGAAGAAGCUGGGGCUGAAGGUGGACAAAGAGGACGAGAUGACCUGUCUCAUCAAGGGCUGCAACUUCGUGCUGAAGAACAUCCCUCACGAAGCGUUCGUGUACGCUAGACACGCAGACUCCGAGUUCCGCUUUCAGACCACCAACCCCGACAUCUUUCCGUACCUGCUGGUGAACAUCGGCUCUGGAGUCUCUAUAGUCAAGGUUGAGUCAGAAGACAAAUUUGAGCGAAUAGGUGGGAGCUCAAUCGGUGGCGGGACGUUCUGGGGGCUCGGCGCUCUUCUUACCAAAACAAAGAGGUUCGAUGAGCUGCUGCAGCUGGCCUCCAAAGGGCAGCACACCAACGUGGACAUGCUGGUCAAGGACAUCUACGGCGGGUCCUACGGCUGUUUGGGAUUAACCGGAGAUCUGAUCGCAAGUAGUUUUGGGAAGUCUGCAACUGCCGACAAAGACUUCUGCAAAGAAGACAUGGCCAAGAGCUUACUGCACAUGAUCAGCAACGACAUCGGGCAGCUGGCCUGUCUGUACGCCAAGCUCCACCGCCUGUCCAGAGUCUACUUUGGAGGCUUCUUUAUCAGAGGACACCCCGUCACCAUGCACACCAUCACAUACAGUAUCAACUUCUUUACCAAGGGGGAAGUUCAGGCCUUGUUCCUGAGACACGAGGGCUACCUGGGCGCCAUCGGAGCCUUCCUGAAAGGAGCAGAGGAGGACAAUCCAAACCAGUACAGCUGGGGGGAGAACUACGCCGGCAGCUCCGGGCUGAUGAGCGUUUCUCCAGAGAUGAACCCGCUGCAGCGCGCUCGGAGCGGAACGUUCUGCUUCGACAUGCUGGAAAUGGACCGUCUGGAGCGGCAGCUGGUCAACCUGCCGCUGCUGCAGGACCCCUCCUCGUACAUCCCCGACACUGUGGACCUCACGGAGGACGCUCCAGCCCGGGAGUACUGGCUCUACUGCUUUGAGGAGGCCUUGGACGGGGUGGUGAAAAGAGCCGUGGCCAGUCAACCCGACCCACAGGACGCAGCCACACGGGCCGAGAAGUUCUGUCAGAAAUACAGACACAAGCUGCAAACCCUCCGCCACCAGCCUUUUGCGUAUGGAUCCCUCACCGUCAGAAGCCUGCUGGACACCAGGGAACACUGUUUAAACGAGUUCAACUUUCCAGAUCCAUACUCCAAGAUCAAACAGCAGGAGAACGACAUGGCGCUGAAGUACUUCCAGAAGGCAGUGAAGGUUUUGGAGCAGCUGAGCUGGGAGGACAGACAGUUCGCUCUGGUCCGAGGAGUCCUGGCUGGAAAUGUUUUCGACUGGGGAGCCAAGGCUGUGUCAGACGUCCUGGAGUCUGACCCAGAGUUUGGAUUUGAAGAAGCAAAGCAGCAGCUGGAAGAGCGGCCAUGGCUCGUAGAUUGCUUUGACCGAUGGCUGGAGAGAAUGAAGGGCCCCCCUCAUAAGUGUGCCUUGUUUUUCGUAGAUAAUAGUGGAGUGGACAUCAUUCUAGGGGUCAUGCCCUUCGUUAGAGAACUGCUCUCACGAGGAACCGAGGUGGUUCUGGCGAGCAACUCCGGUCCGGCUUUGAACGACGUAACAAACGGAGAACUGCAGAUUCUGACGGAGAGGAUCGCAGCCAUGGAUCCAGUGAUCGAGAGCGGCCUGAAGGAGGACAGGCUGACGUUGGUCCAGAGUGGUUCCAGUUCUCCGUGUCUGGACCUGAGCCGCCUGGAUAAGGUCUUGGCCAUGGUGGUGCGGGAGCGUCAAACUGACCUGGUGAUCAUCGAGGGAAUGGGACGAGCGAUCCACACAAACUACUACGCCACUCUGAGCUGUGAGAGCCUGAAGAUGGCCGUCCUCAAAAACUCCUGGCUGGCUGACCGGCUCGGCGGGAAGCUCUUCAGCGUAGUCUUCAAAUACGAGGUUCCGGCGGGGAAAUGUCCGGACUCAGGAGGAAGCUGAGGACCCAGAAGCAUCAAGUCUGCCGUUGGUGAACAAAUGAUUGUACGAGGAAGGAGACGCGGUGGCUCCUGUUGGUUUUUUCAUGAACAUUAAACGUCUUCCUUGCAGGUUUCAGACAUUUAUGUCAGUUUACUUUUAUCAUCCUUGGGUACAGUUUUUUUUCCAACAGUUGCAUGUUCAGGAAUCCUCUCUGAGGAGCAGGAAGUGGCCGUUCCUUCAGCUAACUUCGGAUGUGAGGAGGAGUCUCUUUAGAGUGUGUGAGACGUUUGUAGCAGCAUUCAGGCGUGUUACGUGCCUUAGGCCUGCAGGGAUGGAAGCUUUUGGCUCAUCUUUGAUUCUUUCUGCAGGAGAACUCCUGUUUGCAUCACUGCCAGCAGAUGAGUGAGACAAUUUCUUAUUAGUGAGUUUGAAGCAAAAGCAGCACUUUAAAUCAGGACUGUUACUGCCGUCCACCACAGGGGGGCAGUACGAGGCCAUGUUUCUAAAGCAGACCUGUCAUCACUAACUCAACAUGUCUGUGAUGUGUAAGGAUGGAGCACGCUCUGUGAUCUCCCUAACAUCCAAACAUUUGAGGGCAAUAAAACAUCAUCUUCAGCUGUGGCAAUACUGCAUCUGUACAUAUGUGUGUGUGUAUAUAUGUAAAGUACAACAACCCAACAAGCACAAUGUUUGUGAUUUAUUCUGACAAUCAGUUUGAAAUAAACGGUGAAGCUUCUAUUUUA